UCUGCUUCUUUUGUAUUGGCCAAUAGUACAUUGGCCCAUGGAGUCUCUUGGCUACACCAUGUCUCGGAUCUCAUUCUCACGUCGCGUGCUUCUUUUAUGCUUAGCAACCACAUUAUUGAACCCUGCCUUUGGUACUCCGGCUUGUGAAUUCCCCGCCAUCUUUAACUUUGGUGACUCUAACUCCGAUACCGGCGGCAUAGCUGCGGCCUUUCUUGCCCCACCGAAACCGUACGGGCAGACCUAUUUUGAAAGACCUUCGGGAAGGGUCUCCGAUGGUCGUCUCAUCAUCGAUUUCGUUGCACAAAAUUUUGGACUCCCACAUCUGAGUGCAUAUCUAAACUCUCUGGGUGUCAAUUUCACACAUGGAGCAAACUUUGCAACAGCAGGGUCAUCUAUCAAGCCCCCACCAUGUGGCGAUCAAUUCAGUCCUUUCUUCCUUGACUUACAAUUCAAUCAAUUUACAGAAUUCAAAAACAAAACGCAGUUUAUUAGACGUCAAGGAGGAAUAUUCGGAAGCUUGAUACCCAAAGAAAAGCAUUUUGUGAAAGCAUUAUAUACAUUUGAUAUCGGUCAAAAUGAUCUUGGUGCUGCCAUUCAUGGGAAUAAGACUCUGCAAGAAAUCAAAGCCUCUAUACCUGAUACGGUCAACAGCUUUUCAGCUAAUGUUAAGAACAUAUACAAUUUGGGAGCUAGAUAUUUCUGGAUACACAACACAGGACCCAUCGGGUGCCUCCCUUACACAUUGGUCAGGAUAUCAGGCCAACGAGAUGAAUCUGGUUGUGUAAAGCCUUACAAUGAGUUGGCUCAAUAUUUCAACUAUAAGUUGAAAGAAGCCGUAGUUCAACUCCGAAAAGAUCUUCCUCAUGCUGUAAUAACGUACGUAGAUAUCUACUCUGCGAAGUACUCUUUGAUCAGCAAUGCAAAGAAAUACGGAUUCGAGGAGCCAAUUGUGGCAUGUUGUGGUUACGGAGGGGAAUACAACUAUGGCAUUGUGCAAUGUGGAAGAACAAAGAUGGUGAACGGUACCGAAAUAUAUGCUGGAUCGUGCGAAAAACCGUCAGUGAGAGUGAACUGGGAUGGGAUUCAUUACACAGAAGCGGCUAACAAGUUCAUCUUCGAUCAAAUCUCCACCGGGGCUUUCUCUGAUCCACCCGUUCCCCUAAACAUGGCGUGUCACAGACAUUAAUUUCAACAAGUCUCGCUGCUAAAAAUUGAUUGAGAUGGCUGCUAUUCCCCAUCACUUCGGUUGAAACCAUUAUCUUUUUGUGUUUUAAUUAUAUAAAAAAAAUUAAGGGUUUAUAAAUCGAUCGGGGCAAAGAGUGUCUUAACUCUAACUCCAAUGGGCUAGAAUCCUGAAUCACUAAAAUGAUAUCAGCAUUGUACCAAAUCGUGGUCAGCAAAAUAUUUUGAUUUAGCGAUGAUGUGGUGAACGGGGGGCCAUAUUAGCUGAUGUUGUCAUUGUUUCUUGUGUAACUAAAAUUAAACAUCAGAUAUGUUACAAUGAUGGGACCAAGACAAUUUGAAGUAGACUUUAGCAACU